AGACUAAUUAGGUAGUUUCUCAAAAGAUCCGAAAGAUCGAAAGAUCGGAAGAUCGUCAUUUCACCUUCAACCAGAAUACGAUCCGAGCCUCGUUGGCUAAUAAUACCAUCUCUCCCGAUCAAUCUGGUCAAUCUGAUGAUCUGAUCAAUUGUAGAGGUACAUAGUCUUCAUAAACCCAACAUGGCCCCAUCGCGGGUCCCAACCGGGUUGACAACUCUCUUACGACGGACAAUCCAACACCAGAAACAACAUCCACACCUUCAAUCGCUCUGCUGUCCGAUUCUACGUCGAUCGUAUCAGUCCUAUGACCACCCACCAGCCCCAGGUGUCUUCGGCGCCGCCGAACAGGCUAUCCUAUCUGCUGCGUACCGCCACGUUCCCGAGCACGGCUUCACCCAACAUGCCCUAUCUCUCGGUGCCCGCGACGCCGGCUACCUCGAUAUCAGUACCAACCUACUUCCCGAGGGGCCCUUCAGCCUAAUAAGAUACCAUUUAGUUACCCAACGGGAAGCUCUAACGCCACAGAGCGAGCUCAUAUUUCAUUCUCGGGGAGAAGAAAAAACUUAUCUACCACAGCAAGUUCUAGAUAAGGUUGAGCGACUAACAUGGGAGAGGCUACUGGGAAACCAAGAAGUAAACCACCGAUGGCAAGAAGCCCUAGCUAUUAUGGCUCAACCCCCUCACGUCCCUGCAUCGCUGCGUGAACUAGCUCUUCUUGCCGAUGAUAUUUAUUAUCUAGCCGGUGACACUUCCGUCGACUCGUCGUGGUACACGAAGCGCGGGUCGCUUUCCAUGAUCUAUGCCUCGUCCGAGCUCUUCAUGACGAAUGACCGGUCUGCCGGCUUUGGCGAGACCCGGGCCUUCCUGCAGCGUCGCCUCGAUGAGACGAACAAUGUGGGAGGUGCUUGGGGUAGUUUUGCUCAAUGGGUAAGCUUCACGGCAUCAGCUGGAGUGAACGUGCUCCGAAGCAAGGGUUUUAGGAUAUAGAUUGAAAAUACACUGUAGAAACUUCAAGUCGCCGACAUGUGGGGAAAUGUGUUAAUUGACUAGAUAAUCCCUUGUAUAGAGCUACUAGACUUGAUGUUUGCGGAAUAUGUGGGUUCGGAUUGCGCAAGCCAAAAAAAAAAAACAACGAUACAAGGCUCUGGCAGUUAGCAUUUUACAACUCACUAUUUGUAUAUUACCUCACACAACUACAAUGAAGCCAUUAGCAGUUUAUGGCUAAAGCCUGCCUGGGCAAUCCCUCAAUACCACAUCAACAUGACCCC